GAAGCGCAAACUAUAGUGUCAACUCAUUUUUAAAAAUGAGCGUUUUUGCGGUAGUAUGGCAUUGUAUUUGUAGCAGAUAUUAUUAUCUGUUAGUAAUAUUCGGCUUUCUGUCGGUAUAUUCAGCUCAGCCGAAUUUUGGCACGCUAUCCCUGACAGAAAUUUUAACGGAACAAGAGCGCGACAUCCUGUUACGAAUGCACUAUCACCUGGCUAACCUCUCAGGCGACGACGAAAUUCGGUUAUCACAAUUUCUGUCAGAAAAUAUGAAUAUGUUUUUCAACUUGUCCGGGGAUGUGUAUCCAUUUGAUGAGCCGGUUAAUGGGAUGACACCGUCGUUUCGCAUUAUUGCCACCACGAUGCAUUUAGCUAUUUUCCUGCUGGGAGUGUCUGGCAAUGUCCUGCUUGUCCUGGUGGCACAUAAAUCAAAGUUUCUUAAACAGCCUAUGUAUACUUAUUUGGUGUCCAUGUCCUAUGCUGAUCUACUGGUCUGUUUAACGGCCAUUCCGGAAGCCAUUGUGGCGCAUCAUUUUGGAAAUCUCUGGUUUCUUGGCCAGGUGGGCUGCUCCGUGUUCGUUUUCCUCAAUUUCUUCGGGAUUAAUGCCGGAGUCGCCAGCAUGUCAAUGAUGACCUUGGAGCGUUACCUUGCCAUCUGCCGCCCAUUGUUAUCCCGCAGUGUUUGCACCGUGGAGCGCACGCGCAAGAUCAUCAUCUGCUUAUGGGUCGCCGCCGCCGUUUACUGCUCACCCUGGCUGGGUCUGACCGAAGCAAAAGCCCUCGAAGGCACAGAUCGGGAGAUCUGCGACUUUCGCCUAACCCGGACGUACUACAUGAUUUUCUUUGGAGCAGAUUUGUUAUUAUUUUACUUCACUCCACUAUUGGCGGCGGUGAUAAUCUAUAUAAGGAUCCACGAGACGCUACGAAAACGAGAAGCGAGCAUUGGUGCAUCGAUCCGUACGGCUGAAGACUGGAAAAUCACAAGAGAGUCAACGAUACGACAUACCGACGAACAAGAGUCGGAGAAGGCCAUUUUGCAUAAGACUAACAGCACUCAUAUAAUAAUUGGCAACGGCCACAGCUAUUUAUGCAGAUCAACACCGUCCCAGCGCAGACAAAUCAAAGAACGUGUGCAGGUUGUGCGGAUGUUUUUCGCGACUGUAUUGGUAUUUGCCACUACGUGGCUCCCGUUUCGUGGUUUGCUUCUGUACAACACUUUUGCGGCCACGCCCUGGCACAACGAAUGGUAUUCCUUAUUCGCCAAAACCCUUAUUUAUCUCAACUCGGCAAUAAACCCUGUCCUGUAUAACAUUAUGAGCGCGAGGUUUCGAAAGGAGUUUUAUCAAACAAUUACUUGCAAAGGAGUGCGACAGUCACCCAAAAGGGACAGUGAUAAGGAUGGAAAGGUGUCCGCGGGUGCCGACCAUCUGUAGCCUUGUCCAGACCAUGUUCAUAAAGCCGAUCUUCUCAUAAAUUUUUGGAUUUACAUAUUUGUUUUUUUUUUCCAAAAUUUUUGCAACGGAGAGGACGAAGUUUUAUGAAACAUCGGCUGCAUUGUGCGCACUUCGAAAAUUCAGAAUACUGUUG